GCCUAUGCACGUCCCCAAUCACUUCCAAAACACCAACAGAUAAAACGUGAAAGGCCUCAAAAAGUACAAAAAAAAAGGAACGUGCCCUCCCCAGAUGGAUCACGAACGAGCAACAAUCGACAAAAUGAUAAAUUUCAUUUACUUCGAGGCAAAGGAGAAAAUAAAUGAACUGAAAGCAAAAGCAAUAGAGGACUACAACACAGAGAAGAGCAGACUGAUAAAGGAGCGCAGCGAUGUGGAGGAGUUGGAGCUGAAGAAGCGUUUGAAUGAGCUGAAGAUAAGCAGGUUGAAACGGGUAUCGGAGGUAAAGUUGGAGUACAAGCUGGAGGUGGCGAGGCGGAAAGAGGCACGCGUGAAUGCGCUCGUUGAGAUUGUGAAGAAGAGGUUGAGAGGCGUGCACCUCAACCAGCAGCUGAUCAAUCAAACAAUGGAUGUUGUGGGGGAUGAGACGGACGUGGUUGUGUAUGUGUUGGCGAGAGAUAGGAGCAGGGUGAGCAAAGGCGAGGUCAGAGAGCUGGACAGCGAUAAGCUGGGAGGCAUCGUUGUUAUGAGCAGGGAUGGCACGGUGCUGGUUGAUAACAGCUAUUUGACAAGGCUUGAGAAGAUGAGGGAGCAGCACAUGCCGAGGAUUAGUAAGGAGCUGUUCAAGGGCAGGGAACGGGUGAAAUAAAUACGAUUGAUACUUUGGAUGCGUGUGCAUGCACCGUGGGAACGAGCGAUGCGGUAGUUGCUGUGCGAUUUGUGGGCAGUCGUACAACAACGGAGCACUUGUGCGCGGCACGAUGCGGUAAAUAAACGAGUUUUAGCAAAAAAGAGAAGCUCCGCUUGCAAUGGCUUGGACUGAAACCGCCCAUUUGGGUAUUUCGU